AUGAAGUUCGGUGUAGUCAUCCUCGCCCUCUCUGCCACCGCCAUGGCCUACGAGAGUCUUACCCCCCGAGACGAGGGUCUUGCUCCCCGAGACGGCCAGUGCUUGAAAAAUGGUGAAAAGUGUCGUCGCGAAGACACCUGCUGCAGCAAAUUCUGCAUCAUAUGGGAGAAUAUGACUGAGGGAUCCUGCACGGAUAAGCCUAAGAUCUAG